AACAAAAAAAAAAUAAAAAAUGGAAAUCAGCGAUGAAAACCUAAAAUCGGAGGAGGAGAAAUGCAACUACUGGCUGCUGAAAACGGAGCCGGCGGAGUGGUCUUGGGACGACCAAGCCGCCAACGGCGGCUUAUCCAAUUGGGACGGAGUGAAGAACAAGCAGGCGCAGAAGUAUAUGAAGAGCAUGAAAAUGGGGGAUCUCUGCUUCUUCUACCACUCCGGCGCCAAAUCCCGGCGCGUGGUCGGCGUGGUGGAGGUGGUGCGCGAGUGGUACGACGAGGCGGAGGCGGUGGACGUCAGGGCCGUGGGGGAGAUGAGGGCGGCGGUGGGGCUGGCGGAGAUGAAGAAGGAGUUGAAAGGGGUGGAGUUCGCGCUGUUCAGGCAGCCCAGGCUGUCCGUUUUGCCGGUGGAGAAGGGGGUUUGGGAGAGAGUUUGCCGGAUGGGAGGUGGAUAUGGGGAUGAUGAGGAUGAUGGUGAUAAGGAUAAGGUGUUUGAUAAUAUGCCUCACUGAAGAUUUUGGUUUUUGAUUGAUUGCCUUGUUAAGGUAUUUUUGUGCAAAAUUGCAUUCGGACUUUUACUAGUUUAGUGUACCUACUUGACGAAAGGUUUGAUCAAAUGCCAAUGUGCGAUGCUGCGGAAAUAAGAAUCGAAGUGGUGAUUAUGAUUAGCUUAGGUGUUUGAUGAUAUGCAAGAUUUUGCCUUUUUUUUGGCUUUUUAAGUAUUUUGUGUAUAUUUUGGGCAGCAUUCAAGCAUUUUUUUUGCGCGAAAUUGCAAUGGUUUGUGCACCAACUUGAUGAAA